CCAUUGCAGUGAUAUUACGCUGGAGUGUGUGGGGUAAUUGUUAGUUUUAUGAACGAAUAAAGUCCUAUUGCUACUCGUCACAAUGGUGGUUGAGAGAACGGACACAGCUUGAUGAUAAUUUGACGUCACGUGACACGAUGACCCUAGGGACCCCAGAGAGCAGGUUAUCAUGGCGUUCCUCAGCUAUUGGCUGAUAAGUAGGCUGAUAAGUAGGCAGAAUCAUUGAAGAAUUCUGUUCGCUCAUCGUCGCGCUAGUUGUCAGCUUCAUCAGCAGUUCGGAGCGCCUACUUGACACGGUUUUUGCCUACUUGAAACGGUUUUUAGGUCUCGCUGGCACGGAAACACUUCUUGAAAUCGUCAAGUUAAUUGUCGAGAGUUCACACCUCAUCAUAUCACGUCGCUGCAGUCGUCGCACCUUUCGUCUGCCUUGUCAUUGCUUGCUAGCUGCGUCGACCAAGGGGAGAUAAUCAGCAAACUGCAAGACCAAGAGAGACCUCAAUGGACGUGGAGGGAAAUAAAACAUUUCUUGUCCUUGGCCUUUUGACCCUCAUUCACUUCACACACGCAGUCCCACUAGCGGCGCCAGCUCCGCCGAAGCAGAAGCCAGUGUACUGCGCCAGGCAGUGCAAUGUUCCCAAACAGCUCAAGUUUCACUUCGCUCGCAAUUCGGUGUACGAGUACAGCUACACUACGGACACCGCCAUCUUCUUUCUCAACACACCUGAUGCUGCUUCGCGACUGACCAUCACUGGCACCGCCCACAUCUACGUCAGCACCCCUUGCGACUUCGUCUUAAAGCUUUAUGAUGUGGUGACACUAGAGUCCGAUCCAGUAGAUCAAGGGCAUAUGCGCAAAUCAAACAGGUCACGUGACUUCGGUGUAGAUCUGGAGCGAGAGCCUCUGCGUUUUUCUUUUCAAGAUGGCCGCAUCCAUGACAUUUGCCCUGUGGAGAAUGAAAACACAUGGGCUUUGAAUAUCAAAAGAGGAUUUCUGUCUGCGUUUCAAAACUCGAUGAAAAACCUGUCUUUUGACGAAAAUGUCGAGGAGACCGACAUUUUUGGACAGUGCAGCACGUAUUAUAAAGUCCUGGAAAGAGAAGGCCAGAACGCUUCAGUUGUAAAAGUGCGCAAUAUUAGCAACUGCUCUCAGAGCUUUCAAAAACGCAGCACUAACGCAGGCAUCGGCGCUUCCGUGGAUGACUUCAAGCCCAAGUCCAUUUCUCCUUGGACCAGCAUUCAAGAAUGCAAACAAACCAUAGACAGCGUGGGCCGACUAUACAGCAUCACUUGUAGAGGAGAGCAUCACUUCCGUCCAAUGCGGGGAGAUCUGCAUGGUGCGGCAACUGUCACCUCUCAAGAAAUCCUGUUUUUACGACAAAGCACUCGACUGGAGACUCAUCCGCCAUUCAGCAAACGGCUCAGCCUUCAGUACGACUCUGUGGAGCAGGAUCGUCAGGACAAGAAUAGUGUGAUGGAAAAGAUUGGACAGAUUCUUCAGAAUCUUUGUGAACAUAGCAAGAAUGGAUUUCGACAGGAUACUCCCCAUGUCUUCUGGGAUCUGGUCGCCUGCAUGCGCCGGCUUGAUGCACCAUUGUUGAAGAGUCUUUACGAGACUGCAUCGUCGUCAUCACGAUGUUCUGACAAAACAUAUAUCAAGAAAACUGUGCAAGAUGCCUGGCUAUGGUGGCUACCGAGGCUUCUGUUCGCGUCAUAAGUAGGAUGAUGAUCUCUGGGGAAGUCCAGGGUCUACAGCUACACCUGUGGCUCUCUUCUCUGGGGAUGCUACAGGUAGUCACAGAAAACAUGCUGAAUGAAGCCAAGGCACUGCUAGACUUGUCUACUCUGGCUGCGGAGGCCGCCUUGCCAGUGUCCAGUAUGGUCAGUACCUUCUGUCGGCGACAUUCGGACUGCGGGGCUCACAAUUCAGUUUCGAGAAUCAUGCUGGCACUCAAGAA